AGCUGGAGGAGGGAAGUGAUCAUUGCCCGAGAGGCAACAACGACAAAGUUCUCACAGGUCCGGAUGCGACUGACCAACACACCUUGUUUGGAUCAUGAGGAGCAUGUCCAUAGGAGUGCCGGUGUUAGUCAGGGUGCAGAGCACAUCUGGGUCCAGAUUCUUUGGUGAUGCAUUGCAAAGGGGUCUUUGUAUGGCUGCAGCCGGGACUGUGGUGCAUGGUAAGUUAGAAAGGGGAAAGGAAGCUGCAAAAAAGAUCAGAAAGACGGGCAUGGAUGGACGAGUGCGAAGCUUUGAGGAGAUCCCUCACACAGGGAGGAAUGGCUGGAUCAACCUGGUGAAGUUCUGGAGAGAAAAUCGUUUCCAGCAGCUCCACAAGCACAUGGAGAGGACCUUCAAUGCCCUCGGCCCCAUCUACAGGGAGAAAGUGGGGACCCUUAGCAGUGUGAACAUCUUGUUACCAUCUGACAUCAGUGAGCUGUUUCAGUCGGAGGGGCUUCACCCUCGACGGAUGACCUUGCAGCCGUGGGCAACACACCGAGAGAUACGUAACCAUAGCAAGGGAGUCUUCCUCAAGAACGGCGAGGAGUGGAGAGCAGACCGCCUUCAGCUCAACAAGGAGGUGAUGAUGAGUGCGGCCGUAAAGAGCUUUCUCCCCCUCCUCGAUGAGGUUGGGAGAGACUUCUGUCGUAUGCUGCAGGAGCGAGUGGAGAGGAAGGGGAGGGGAGACGAGGGCAAGCGCAGUCUCACCAUCGAUCCCAGUCCUGACCUUUUCCGCUUCGCACUCGAAGCCAGUUGUCAUGUCAUCUAUGGAGAGCGUGUUGGGCUCUUCUCCUCAUCUCCUUCCCUUGAGUCUCAGAAGUUCAUCUGGGCUGUCGAGCGAAUGCUGGCCACCACCCCUCCUCUCCUCUACCUCCCUCCUCGCCUCCUGCAACGUGUCGGCGCUCCCCUGUGGACGCAGCACGCCACAGCGUGGGACCACAUCUUCAGUCAUGCCGAGGCAAGGAUCCAGAGGGCGUACCAGCGUCUGUCCUCCUCCCAGGGCAAGGCGUCUAUGACAGUGGCAGCUGGAGGCCCGUACCCUGGUGUUCUGGGGAAACUGAUGGAGAAAGGGCAGCUGUCUUUGGAUCUCAUAAAAGCCAACGUCACCGAGCUGAUGGCCGGAGGGGUCGACACGACAGCCGUACCACUGCAGUUUGCUCUGUUUGAGCUGGGACGCAACCCGGAGGUGCAGGACAGGGUCAGGCAGCAGGUGAGGACGUCAUGGGGACAGGCGGGCGGCGACCCUCAGAGGGCCCUGCAAGGGGCACCGCUGCUGAAAGGCACCGUCAAAGAGGUUCUCAGGUUAUACCCAGUGGGAAUCACUGUCCAGAGAUAUCCAGUCAGAGACAUUAUUCUCCAGAAUUACCACAUACCUGCAGGGACUAUGGUCCAGGCUUGUCUUUACCCGAUGGGAAGGAGCGCCCAGGUGUUUGAGGACCCACUGCGCUUUGACCCCAGCCGGUGGAUCCAUGGGGAUGAUGGCCGGAGAGGGGAAGGGGCGGGCUUUCGCUCGCUGGCGUUUGGGUUCGGGGCGAGGCAAUGUGUUGGCAGGAGGAUUGCUGAAAAUGAGAUGCAGCUCUUGCUCAUGCAUAUCCUGCUGAGCUUCAAUCUCAGCGUGCCGUCUUCAGAGGAUCUCAAAACCACCGCCACCCUCAUCCUGCAGCCUGAGACUCCACCAAGGAUUACUUUCAGCAAGCUCUGACACAAAGACCAGAGUCGUACCGUCACCCUUGGAUAUGUUUAAUCGUGCAGUUCAUCACUGUGUCAUGUUUAUUCCUUGGCUAUACUUAACGACGAGCUUUUAAGUCAACCUCAUUC